AAAGUGAAGUUUCCGUUCGUCUGGUUGAGCUUUAACGUCUCAGCACAGCACAUUCUAAUUAACGAAAAAGAAAACCCAAACGCACAACUCGUUUUUUCUUUUUCUUUUCUUCUCUGUUCGCAGUUUCCAUAUCACAAAUACUACCAUACGCUUUUGUUCAUCUCUAUCUCCCCCGUCUCACUCUCUUGUGCGUCCAUCCUUGGCCCUGAGGAGGUGUUGGAGAGAAUCACCUCACCUCUUCGGAAACCCUUUUUGUGCGUGUGUAAUCUGUAACAAAAACCAAAAUCAAAUGGCAUCCGAGAACUUCACCGACAAAAACGUUGUUUUCAGAAAGCUAAAAGCCAAAUCUGAUAAUAAGAUGUGCUUUGACUGUAAUGCAAAAAACCCGACUUGGGCAUCUGUGACUUAUGGGAUUUUCCUCUGCAUUGAUUGCUCCGCUGUUCAUCGUAGCCUCGGCGUGCAUAUCAGCUUCGUCAGGUCGACAAAUUUAGAUUCUUGGAGUCCUGAGCAGUUGAAAGUGAUGAGCUUUGGAGGAAAUAACCGAGCACAGGCUUUCUUUAAGCAGCAUGGAUGGACUGACGGGGGAAAAAUCGAGGCCAAGUAUACAUCUAGAGCUGCUGACUUGUACAGACAAAUACUUUCAAAAGAAGUUGCCAAAAGUAUGGCAGAAGAUGCUGGAUUGCCAUCAUCACCUGUUGCUUCUCAGUCAGCCCAAGCUUCCAAUGGAUUUCCUGAUGUCAAGACCAAUGAGUCUCCUGAAGAAAGUUCAUUAGGAAAGCAGGAAACACCUGAUGUUCCUCCUCCCCCUAAAGUUUCUCAUCCAAUUAUUACCAGUACAGUCAAGAAGCCGCUUGGUGCAAAGAGAACAGGAAAGACCGGAGGUCUUGGUGCUAGGAAGCUUACUACAAAGCCCAGUGAAAGUCUCUAUGAUCAGAAACCAGAAGAACCACCUCUUCCCGUUCCUGCUGCAACUAACAACACUCCAAAAGCUGGCACAUCUUUUACAUCUCGUUUUGAAUAUGUGGACAAUGUCCAAUCUACUGAGCUAAUUUCUGGUGGUCCGCAAGUGAUUAGCCAUGUAUCACCUCCAAAGUCAUCAAGCUUCUUUGCAGAAUUUGGAAUGGAUAGUGGCUUUCAGAAGAAAUCAAGUAAUAACUCCUCAAAAGUGCAGAUUCAGGAAACAGAUGAAGCAAGGAAGAAGUUCUCAAAUGCAAAAUCAAUCUCAUCAGCACAAUUCUUUGGUGAUCAAAACAAAGCCACUGAUAUUGAUUCUCAAGUUUCCUUGCAGAAAUUCUCUGGUUCAUCGGCUAUCUCCAGUGCUGAUCUUUUCGGUGACAGCAGCGAUCACUCCAUUGAUCUUGCUGCAAGUGACCUUAUCAACCGGAUAUCUUUCCAGGCCCAACAGGAUAUUUCUUCCCUCAAGAAUAUUGCAGGAGAGACUGGGAAGAAGCUGAGCUCCUUGGCGUCCACUUUGAUCACUGAUCUUCAGGAUCGAAUCCUCAAUCUCAAAAAACAAUUUGGAUUUUCAAAAAUUGAAACUCAAAUCGUGGAGCCAAAACAGGUUUCCUUACUGGCUCUCACGAGUCUCAGUAAUCUUCUUAGAUACUUCUUCGCAAAAAUCACUAAACUCGCAAUCUUUAUUGUUCAGUACUCUAUGGUUAUUAAGGCCCUAAAUCCUUCAAUUUCACCAAACAACCGUUCCCCAAUUUUACCCUUAGUGGCUAUUUCAACUGAAACUAUUGAUGGGUCUUUAUCAUCAUUGUAUCCUAAAACCCUAAAUACUGUUGGGUUUUCUUCGUCCUUACCGGUGGAGACGGUACAUAUUGAGGCUAUGGGUCUUUCACCAUCAAAUUGUAACGAGUCUUCAUCAAUUUCAAUUAUGAUUGAUGAUUCUGACAAAACCCUAACAGAGUCUUUGCCUUCUCCACAAACUGAAGGCCUAGCAGAUGGUAUCGAUCAAUCUUUUAUUGGCACCCAAAAUUGUGAUUCUGUUGUUUCUACUAAUGGUAACGACCAGUCUUCCCCGGGGGGAUAUGUAGAUGACAUGUGUUUGGUCCCUGUAUCUGUCAUUCCAAGGGAAGCUCGGAAUGAUAAUAACGGCGAUUGCAGUGCUCCUAAGCCAGCUAUGAAAGUAGAUGCUAAAGAAGGCACUUCCGAGAAUGAAAACAAUCUUGAAGCAAAUGGAUUACUUCCUGAUUACCCAUAUGAUAAUUCUUGCAACUGUAAUAAUUUAUUCAAUCCAUAUUACGGGUUUCAACAACAAUGGCCUGGGCCAUGUGGUCCAUUGUGCGAAUACCAGUAUUCGCGGUUCUAUGGCCCACGCCAUCAUUCAAGAGAACGCUGGGGAAAUGGAGAGGAUGAAGAAGAUAUGCCUUGCUGGCGUUCUGUACAAGAAACUGUACCUACUGGGGUGGCUGCGGGGCUGUAUAAUCUUGGGAACACAUGCUUUAUUAAUGCAGUCCUACAAAGUUUUACGCAUACUGUGCCACUUGUUAAGGCUCUCCGUUCUUGCAAUCAUGUGAUGCCUUGCCAGCGUGGUGUUGAAGGAUUUUGUGCCGUCUGUGCUCUUCGAGAUCAUAUUGAACUUUCUUUAACCUCUUCUGGAAAAGCUGUAUCACCUUCCAAAAUUGUUGAUAAUUUGAAACAGAUUUCAUCUUGUUUUGAGAAAUACCAGCAGGAAGAUGCUCAUGAAUUCCUUCAAUGCUUAUUAGAUAAGCUUGAAAGGUGUUGUCUGGAUCCAGGUCUGAGUGACGAGGCAUCAUCUUCCCCAGAGAAUAACAUAGUUGAGCGGGUAUUUGGGGGUCGCCUUGUAAGCAAAUUGCGAUGUUGCAAUUGUGGUCACUGUUCUGAUAAGUAUGAACCCCUUAUUGACCUGAGUUUGGAGAUUGAAGACGUGGGAAAUCUUCAAAGUGCUUUAGAGUCUUUCACCAAGGUAGAGAAAAUUGAAGAUGUUGAUUCAAAGUUUAUAUGCAACCACUGUAAGGAGGAGGGGUCCAGGGAGAAGCAGCUUAUGCUUGACCAGGCUCCUUCUGUAUCUGCUUUGCAUUUAAAGAGAUUCAAGACUGAUGGAUCCUUCAUUGAAAAGAUUGACAAACAUGUGGAGUUUCCAUUAGAAUUGAACUUAAAACCCUACACCAAAAGCAGUCAAGACUGUAAUAAGAACCAGGUUGACUUGAAGUAUCAACUUUAUGCAAUCGUGGUGCAUAAUGGAUUGUCACCCACUUCUGGGCAUUACUUUUGUUUUGUUCGAUCCUCUCCAAGCACAUGGCAUAAGCUGGAUGACUGCAGGGUUGUUAAAGUUGAAGAAGAGGAGGUGUUAUCUCAAGCUGCCUACAUUUUGUUUUAUGUUAGAGAUGGGACACCCUGGUUUUCCAGUUUGAUAGAACUAGAGAAGGAUUCCUCGGAUCCUAGCAUUUCAAAUACUUCACCCAAGUCAGUUCUAGAUAGAAUGGUGACUGGAUCUACAGCAUGUCCUCUCUGGGAGAAUUUUGAUCAGUGCAAAGCUGAGAGUCUUGAUCACCACAAAUCCAGUGUAUCUAUCAGUGAUGUUGAGAAGACUUCAAAUCACUUCUCUUGCGUGACAGUGGUUGAAAAGGAUGAAAUCAAUGCAAUUGGGAAUGGGGCUGAGGGGAUUUCUGCUCAGAUUUUGUGUGGAUCUGGAAACAGUGGACCAAAAUUAUGCUAUGAGUCGUCCAGGGCUGAUGUUUCAAUGACUGAUGUUUCUGUGUCACUUGAAGCCACAAAUUCUCAUGAAAUUUUACAUGAUGAGAAGUUAGGUCAGGGCGCUGGCACAUCUGGAAGAAACGAUGUUGAUCCCCUAAUGCCACCUAGAUCAUCAAGUCCGGAUCUGAAUUUUGGAGGGGUGCCAAGUGCCAAAAAACAUAUCAGACGAGAUCAUUUAAAGGUGGAGCGUUUGAUAGAUUUCAAAAAGCCAAAAAAGGCCAUGAGGAAUCAUAGAGAAGAAGCUCUUAGAUAUGUUAGUAAGAAUAUGGCUGCAUCGAGGCGCUCCAAACUUAUUGAUGCUAUACUUCCCCAAAAUGACAAGAAAAGAAGACUAAGAUCAUCAUCAUCAUCAUGUAAACAGGCCAGCCCUCCUGGUGCUCGCUCUAAAAUCUCUCAACGUUCUGCAGUUUUGCACUGAGCAUUUAUAGAGUUUUGCUGAGAGUUAUUGGUCAGUAUAGUUUCUUUUAGCUGGGAGGUUAUCUUGGUUAUUCUCUACUGUGCUGGUUUUUCUAUCAUGUAUAGUUAAUUUGACGUUUUUAGCUGUUUGAGAAACCAGAAAGAUCAGCACUGACUCUUACAGCAACGUGGCUCACCGACUGUCAUAUCAUAUCAAUUUAAUUAGGGUCGGUUCAAAAGUUUUAUGAA